AUGGUUGCAAAGACCAAUAGACCAAACUCCAAAGAGAGCUGCAGUCACAAUCCUGGAAUGAAGUGCCAGUGCAGCAGCAGUAGUAGUAGCAGUAGCGGCGUUGAUGAGAAGUCAGUGUUUUCACUCACCUCGUCAAGCAAGUACGAAGAUUAUUUGGGAGAGAAAACCAAAGGGGAUUUGAAUGUCAAGGUGGAGCAUCUUGAGGCCUUUGGAAUUGAUAGUCAAGCAACUAUAAAAGGUCCAAUGGAGGAAGUAGCCAGGGUUGAGGCUGAAGACUUGCUCAGAGACUUGGGUAUCCCGACUCCUUUUUCGUCAAGACAAUCACCUCGUGACAUUUUUUGUAGCCGCAUGUUGAAUCUUCAAUCAAUCAGUGCCAUUGGAUAUGAUAUGGACUACACCUUGAUCCAUUAUAAUGUGAUUGCUUGGGAAGGGAGAGCUUAUGAUUACUGUAUGGAGAAUUUGAAGAAAAUGGGUUUCCCUGUUGAUGGUCUUGCGUUUGACCCUGACUUGGUUAUUAGAGGCCUUGUCAUAGACAAAGAGAAAGGCAACUUAGUGAAGGCUGAUCGAUUUGCUUAUGUAAAGAGGGCAAUGCAUGGCACGAAGAUGCUAUCUAAUCGAGCUGUAAGUGAGAUGUACGGGAGGGAACUGGUGGACCUCCGGAAGGAAAGUCGAUGGGAAUUCCUAAAUACACUGUUCAACGUCUCAGAAGCUGUCGCUUAUAUGCAGAUGGUUGACAGAUUGGAUGAUGGAACCAUUGCAGAACAACUUGGUCCACUUGAUUAUGAGGGGCUCUAUAAGGCUGUUGGAAGAGCCCUCAUCAGGGCACAUGUAGAGGGUCAACUAAAGAGUGAGAUAAUGUCUAAGCCUGAACUAUUUGUGACACCUGAUCCAGAAUUACCCCUAGCACUUUUGGAUCAAAAGGAGGCUGGUAAAAAGCUUCUGCUCAUUACCAACUCAGAUUAUCAUUACACAGACAAAAUGAUGCAGCAUUCCUUCAACAGAUUUCUUCCCAAUGAUAUGGGUUGGCGAGAUUUAUUUGACAUUAUGGUAGUCUCCGCAAGAAAGCCAGAGUUCUUCCAAAUGUCACACCCUAUGUAUGAGGUGGUGACAGGAGAGGGCCUCAUGCGUCCAUGCUUCAAGGCUAAAACAGGGGGAUUGUAUUCUGGGGGAAGUGCUCAGAUGGUUGAGAAUUCCCUAAAUAUUCAUGGAGAUGAAAUACUGUAUGUUGGUGAUCAUAUCUACACUGAUGUAAGUCAAUCCAAAGUUCAUCUGCGAUGGCGGACGGCAUUAAUUUGUCGAGAAUUGGAAGAAGAGUUUAGUGCUUUGACUCAUAGCCGGGGUCAUAGAGCAUCACUGGUAGAGCUUAUAAAUCAAAAGGAGGUCGUAGGGGAUCUUUUCAACCAACUUCGGCUCGCCUCGCAAAGGCGAACUAAAGGACGCCCUGCUCAAACCCUUGCUGCAACAAACUUGGAUGAUCAAGAACUCUCAGAAAGCAUGCAAAAGCUACUUAUAGUUAUGCAAAGACUGGACCAGAAAAUUGCUCCAAUGCUAGAAGCAGAUGGAGAGCUCUUCAACAAAAGGUGGGGAUUUCUUUCCCGUGCAGGGUUGUGGGAUAAAAGCUAUUUGAUGAGACAAAUUGAGAAGUAUGCCGAUAUAUAUACCUCCAGGGUGUCAAAUUUCUUGCAUUAUACACCUUUCAUGUACUUCCGCUCACAGGAACAGACGCUUGCUCAUGAUUCGUACUCAAACUACUGUUCGAGGUUUAAUGGGUCUGCUGUGGAUGACGAGGUCGACUUUAUGUUGUAGAAGUGCAUUGUAGUAUCUUGACUCCAUUGUUGUUCUGUAUGAAUGAUCCAGGCACUUUACAAUUUUCAAGGUUAUAAACUAAUAAUGAAUAAUAAUGGUUGAU